GACACGCGCAUAAUCUAACACGAUCUUUUUAAGACAAUCUAAUCAUGUCUAAGUGUGACCAAUGUAAUAAACCUUUUUCUAAAUCUUUGCCUGGAUGUGAAUGUGCCCGAUGUGAAAAAAUGGUACACCUAAAUACCAGAUGUAGUGGUCUUACCAACAAACAGAUAACCGCAUUAAAGGCGGCCCCAAGCUUGGACUGGACCUGUAUGGAAUGUCAACAAGAAUCCCCGAAGCGAAACUCCUCUUUGUAUCUAACAGAGGAUGCAGAGGAGGAUAUACCUAUGGACACUAAGGGGCUAAUACAGAAAAUUUCAAAGGAAGUAGAAAAAACUAUAAAGAAGGAAAUAAACGAAUUCAACCAAUCUCUGCAAUUUCACAGUACGAAGCUGGACGAAGUAUUAGGUUGUAUUGAUGCUUUUAAAAACACCAUAAAAGUUUUAGAAAGAAAAAACACGGAACUAAUACACAAAAACAACAAUCUGGAAUUGAGGGUAGGUGCAUUGGAGCAGCGUUUCCAUGAGAUGGAACAGGAGAAACUUUCUAAUUUUAUAGAAAUAGCAAACGUCCCCCCUGCGAGUGAAGAGAAUGUGAGAAAAUUAGUUGAAAAUGUAGCAUUAAAACUUAAACAGCCCUUCGACAGUAUCCGUAACACAAUGCGAUACCAAGGUAAAAACGACCAACCGGGCAUUAUACAAGUAAAACUUAAUGAUAAAGCAACCCAAGAAAAGUGGAUUAAAGCUGCAAAAACCAUUAAAACUAUGGUGGCCGAUGUUUGCCCCUAUGAACCCAACAAUAACAAAAUAGUAUUCAUCAGGGAAGCAAUGACUAAACACAACAAAAGCGUUUUAUGGGAAGCCAAACAGGAAUUAAAGAAUAAACAAGGAUAUAAAUACGUAUGGUUUAAAAACGGUAUGGUGCGUGCAAGAAAGGAUGAAAACACUAAAAUACAAAACCUAAGAUCAGUGUUGGAUAUACAAGUGCUAAAAAAAAGACAGAAUGCCAAUUAACUGACCAAUUUAAAUGCAUAUAAAUUAUUAUU